AUGGCCGAUGCACUCAAAGCCGAGGGCAACAAGCUCUUCGCAGAGAAGAAGUUUGCCGAGUCCAUCGACAAGUUUACCCAGGCGAUCGAACUCGACCCUACCAAUCACGUGCUGUACUCAAACCGUUCAGGAGCCUACGCAUCGAUCAAGGACUGGCAAAAGGCGCUGGAUGAUGCCAACAAGGUCAUCGAGAUCAAGCCGGACUGGUCCAAAGGCUGGGGGCGCAAAGGCACGGCCCUACACGGCGAGGGCGACCUCGUAGGUGCCAACGAUGCCUUUGAGGAGGCUUUGAAGCUGGACCCCAACAAUGCGCAGGCCAAGGCAGGUCUCGAGGCUGUCAAGCGCGCAGUCGAGGCGGAGGCGCGAGGCGACGGACUCAGCGGCGACCCUUCUGGCGGCUUGGGUGGCAUGUUCAACGACCCCAAUAUGAUCCAGAAGCUGGCUGGCAACCCCAAAACGGCCCCGCUUCUCGCAGAUGCAGAUUUCAUGAGCAAACUCCAACAGUUGAAGAGCAAUCCGAACAUGGUUGGCCAGUUCAUGCAGGAUCCUCGCUUCCUGUCCGUCAUGAGCGUGCUCCUAGGCAUUGACAUGUCGUUUGGUGGUGGGCCUGGUGCAGGCGGUCCCAGCGGCUCAGGCGCGCAAGAGGCCGAAGAAGACGUCCCAAUGCCCGAUGCUCGGCCUUCUCCAACAGCACAGCCACAGAAGGCGCCCGAGCCUGAGCCAGCGCCUGAGCCCGAGGAGGAGGAAACAGAAGAGCAAAAGGCUGCGAAAGAAGCCAAGGCCAAGGCUGAAGAGCUCAAGAAGAAGGGUACCGAGCUCUACAAGAAGCGGCAAUUUGAUGAGGCCAUCGAGUACUACACGCAAGCGUGGGAAACACACAAGGACAUUACCUACAAGACGAAUCUGGGCGCGGCCAAGUUCGAGAAGGGCGACUAUGAAGGCUGCAUCCAGGCAUGCCAGGAGGCUGUUGAGUAUGGUCGUGAGAUCCUGGCCGACUUCAAGAUUAUUGCUAAGGCGUUUGCACGCAUCGGUACCGCAUAUGAGAAGCUUGGCGACUUGAGCAAUGCCAUUCUCUACUACCAAAAGGCACAAACCGAGCACCGUACCCCCGAAGUGCUUGCCAAACUCCGCGCUGCAGAGAAGGCCAAGAUUGCUGCCGAAAAGGCUGCGUACAUCAACCCAGAGGAGGCCGAAAAGGCGCGUGAGCUGGGCAAUGCCAAGUUCAAGGAAUCAGACUGGCCUGCCGCAGUUGAGGCGUACUCGGAGAUGAUCAAACGUGCACCAGAUGAUCCUCGCGGCUAUUCCAACCGUGCCGCUUGUUUUAUCAAACUCCUCGAAUUCCCCUCGGCGGUGCAAGACUGCGACGAGGCAAUCAAGCGUGACCCCGACUUCAUCCGUGCCUACCUUCGUAAAGCCCAGGCGUACUUCACCAUGCGCGAAUACAACAAGUGCAUCAAUGUUUGCGCGGAAGCCAUGGAGCACGACAAGGAUGGUAAGCAUACGCGGGAGAUCCAGGCACAAGAGACCAAGGCUCUGCAAGCACAGUAUUCUGCACGCGAGGGCGAAACAGAGCAGCAAACAAUGGAGCGCAUUCAGCGCGACCCCGAGAUUGUCGGCAUUCUACAAGAUCCCGUUAUGCAGAGCAUUCUGCAACAAGCAAAGGACGAUCCGGCCGCUCUGCAAGAACAUCUCAAGAACCCAAGUAUUCGCUCCAAGAUACAGAAGUUGGUCCACGCUGGCGUAAUCCGGAUGGGCAGGUAG